AUGCUUACAGAUUCUCGUGCCGGAGUUGGUGCUCAGUCCCAGCAAAGAUAUGGAUCAGCGGCAGUUGCGGGAAACGGUCCCACGCCAGCAGCAGCGCCUGCCCCUUCCGCGUGGGGUGCCGGGCCUGCGCGCACAGGUGCGCCUACCCCCGCCGCUUCCGCCACCCAGCAGCAGCGGCAGCAGCAGCAGCCGGCGGUGCAAUUGUCAUCUGGCCCGGGAAUCCCAGGGUUUGAGUCUGCGCCCCCCCCUGCGGAUUCCGCCUUCCCCGGUCUCUCCCGCUCCACGUCCGCGGGCGGAGCAGCAGUUCGGCCUGGGGCCCCCGGCGCAGCUGCGCUGGGGCCAGUAGCAGGAUCAGGGGGAGCGCCUGGCGCAGGACCUGCGGGUGUGCCUGCGCCCAGAAUAUCGUUCGCUGCUGCAGCAGCGGCUGGGGGGAUGUCGUACGCGCAAAGAGCAGCGCAGGCGCUGAAUCGCGCGGCUGCACCGCCAGCCCAGGCGCAGCAGGCACAGGCACAGGCGCAGCAAGCGCGGGGGGGCGGAAGCGGGGCGCAGCAAGCGGCAGGUCAGGCGGGGGAAGCCGCGUCUCAGGGGAAGGCGGACACUGCGAAGCCAGCACAGAGCACGGAAACAGCAGCACAGGCGGGUAGUGUAUCACAAGCUCCUGGUACUGCUGCGGCUGUAGCGGGGCCAUCCCCGGCUGUAGCAGGGCCUCCUGCUCUCCCCCCCGGCGUGUCACCUGUAGCUCUGCAGUUCGGCACGUUCAACCCUAACUUCAUGGGCGCCAGUGGCCCCGUCAUUGUUCCCCCUCGCACAACGUCUGCUCCGCCCAAUCUGGACGAGCAACAGAAGGAGCAGGCCCGGCACGAGGCCAUGCUUCGCCAGCAGCAAGCAGCCAAGUCCGGAGAAGCAGGAGCAGUCCCAGCAGGGCCGAAAGCCCCUAUCGGCGGAAGCAUCCCAGAAGAAUCCCAACAGCCACCCACUCCGGGUUCCGCCCCCACCACUCCCCACGGCGGACUAGUCUCCCCCGCUGCUGCUGGGGCGGCAGCAGCAGGGGUGGCGGGCCGGGGGAUGCCUAUUGGGGUGGCGGCAGCAGCAGCAGGCGCGCGGCCCCCCAUGGGGUUCCCGCAGCCGCAGCACAUGCUUCCAUCCAUGUACUAUCCGGGCAUGCCUGGUGUGGGGGGAGUGGCGGGUAUGCCUGGGGUCCCGGGGGUGGCUGGUGUUCCCCCCGGUGCCUUCCCCCAGCCGCGCUUCUUUCCCCCCCAGCAGCCUGGGCCUAUCCCAGCAGGGGGGGGGAUGGUCGGGGGGCCGGGAGGGGGGAUGGGCGGGCCAGGGGCAGGCGGGCAGGGGAGGUUUGCCCCCUCGUAUCCGCAGCAGGCGGGGCAUGGCGGGGGGGUGAGGCCGCAUAUGGGGCACGUUUUGCCACACCAGCAGAUUCCAGGGGGCGGGCCAGCUGGUAUGGUGCACUAUGCUACUGGUGCCGUACCUGGUGCUCCAGGUUCGGGAGCGGGUGGUCCGGGCGCUGGCGGGGCUGGUUCGGGGGCAGGAGAGGAGAUGCCCAUGCCUGGGAUGGAUGGUAUGGGGAACUUGCCUGUGUCGUCUCCGGUAGGUCCGGGGCCAGGUAUGGCGAUUCCGAACCUGCCGAUGAUGGCUCCGGUAGGCUCGGGAGGGCCGGGUGUUGGGGGGUAUAUGAUGGGUGCGGGGACAGGGUUUGUGAUUCCAGGGCAUGGGCGGGGAGUUGGAGGAGGAGGGGGAAUGGGGGGAGGCGGAAGGGCAGGGGGAAUGCACGGGAGGGGGUCAGGAGGGGGAGCAGGGGGUGCAGGGGGGGCAGGGGGGACAGGGCAUGGGGCGGGUAGGGGAAGCGGGGUAAGUGCGCAGGUCAUGUCUUCGAAUCGUAUCGUAGUGUCUACAACUGGAGUGGUUACCAAUUUGCCGUCACCAGGUUCGGCAACGCGAGACAGGCCCGGUGCAGGUCCGGAUGGGCUGAAGAGGUCCGGGAGCGGUAAGGCGGCAGGGCCAGUGGUUCGGAGCCCCUCUGGUGGUGCGACGGGGCAGCAGGGGAAGGAGGAGAAGGUAGGGGAAGGGGAGGAGGGUGUGGGAGAGGCUGUGGUGGAAAAGAAAGAGGAUGGUGAGAAGGGCGAGGAGAAGCGGGAGAAAGGGAGGGAAGAGGUUGUGAAGGAGAGUGGACGGGAAGGGGAGAAGCGGAAGGGAGAGGAAGCAACUGCAAAUGGGGAAGGGGAUGUAGCAGGGAAGAGUGUAGAGGGUGAGGAGAAGAGCAAAGAGGAAGUGGCAGCUAAGGUCACAAGCGAACCAGUUGCAGCAGAGGGGGGUGCGGCGAAGGAAACUGCAGGGAAGGAGGUAGCAGCGGUCGCUCCUGUGGUGGUGAAACCAGUGGAGGAGAGGAAGGAGGUCGAGGGGUUAAGCGGGGAGGCGGGCGCGGCUAAGGAUAAAGGAGAGGAGAAGAAGGGAGGGAAGAAGAAAGACAAGAAGGAGAAGAAGAAGAAAGGGGAGGAGAAGAAGGAAGGGAAGGAGAAGGGAGAGGAGAAUGCAGGCAAGAAAGAGGGGGGGGAAGCAGUACAGGAGCCUGAGGGGGAGAAGGCUCAAGGGCUUGAAGGAGAGGAGAAGGAGGUUGGCGAAACUGCGGGUGCUGAAGGGAGUGCUGCUGCUAAGUCCGAAACUGUUAAGGUGGCUGAGGUGAAAGAGGGGGCUAAGGAGGCGGAGGCGACGGGUGAAGUGGCUAAGCAGGGGGAUAAGAAGGAGAUGGAAGGAGAGGCGGUUAAGAAGGGGAAGGAGGAGGAAGGGGAGAAAGUGGAAGGGAAGAUGGAAGAGAAGAAGGGGGAGGAAAGUGCUGAGGUUGCUCCUGUUAAAGCAGAAGAGAGCAAGGAGUACUCUCGAGACUUCCUGCUCACACUUAGAGACUCUCACAGGGAUCUCCCAGGCGACAUGGAUUUCCGCUCCUUCCUCAGGGAGUGUAAUGCUGUGCUGAAACCGCCUGCCGCACAAAGAAUUCAGCAGAUGGCGGCACAGGGGUUCAAUCGCCCUAUGGACGCGCUGGCAGGUGGGCCUGGGGGAGGCUUUACCCGGCCAGGUAUGGACGAGGACCGGUGGGCCAGAGGCCCGGGUAUGGGCCCGAGAGGUCCGGGAGGUAUGGACGGAGGGGUGCUGGGCGCGCCGGGAGGUCCGGGGUUCCGAGAGGAGAAGAAGCAGCGGCAGAUCAAGGGGAUUUUGAACAAGCUGACGCCGCAGAAUUUCGACAAGCUGUUUAAUCAGGUGAAGGAAGUGAAAAUCGACUCCCCUGAGACGCUCACAGGGGUCAUUGGGCAGAUUUUCGAUAAGGCCUUGCUAGAGCCGACGUUUUGUGAGCUGUAUGCUAAGUUCUGCCAGGCAUUGGCGGUGGAGUUGCCUCAGUUUGGGGAGGGGGAUGACCGGGUGACAAGGCAGAAGGCUCGGAGGCGCAUGCUGGGGAACAUCCGCUUUAUAGGAGAGCUCUAUAAGAUGAGCAUGCUGACGGAGCGCAUCAUGCACGGGUGCAUUCAGAAGCUUCUAGGGAACACCGAGGACCCUGACGAGGAGGACAUGGAAGCUCUCUGCAAGCUACUGGCCACCAUCGGGCACAUCAUUGACCAUGAGAAAGCACAGAGCCACAUGGAGGCAUACAUGGCGCGCAUUGCGCACUUCUCCACCUACCCCAAGCUCUCCUCGCGCAUCCGCUUCGCCCUGCAAGACAUUCUCGAGCUCCGCGAGAACAAGUGGCAGGCGCGGAGGAAGGUCGAGGGGCCGAAGAAGAUCGACCAGGUGCAUAGGGAUGCGCGGGACGAGCGGUCCAAUGCCGUCGCGACAGCUGGCAGGCAGAUUCUGGAGCGCGGGGGCGGGGGGAGCAGGGGCCCGGGAGGGGGUAUGGGGAGUGGCCGGCGGCCGGGGUAUGAUAUGGAGCCGCCUGGACGGCCGGGUUUGUCUGGGUCUGCGUCAAUGAGGGGCGGACCGGGGUUGAUUGGGGGGCAAGGGGGCCCGGGGGGAGGGAUGUAUGGGCGGGGGCCGGGGUAUGGGCACCCUGGGGGGAUGGGGGGAAGAGGGGGAGGCCCUGGCGGGUAUGAGGGGAGGGGGGGAAUGGAGGAUAUGGGUCGGCCAAUGCCGCUCCCCCAGAGGAACAUGGAUGAGGGGGAAUUGAAGCUGGGCCCGCAUGGGGGGCUGGGGAGACCUGUGGGCGGAGGGCCAGGGGGGGGCAUGGGCGGGGGGAUGAGAGGGGGGCCUGGGGGACCCGGGGGACCUAUGGGGGGACCCAUGGGGGGGCUUAUGGGGGGGCCAGGGCGUGGGGGACCUGAAGUUCCCCCGGGCGCCAUGCCUCCUGAGAUGCGCAGGUUCGGGCCGAGCCAGAGCGAGAGGUUCGGGCCGAGGGUGGGGGAUAGAGACGCGCCCAUGAGGCCUGGUCCUGGCGGGUAUGGGGAGAGAGUGGGGGAGAGAGAGGGGGGGCGGGGGUUAGUAGGCCCUGGAUCAAGGAGUAUGAUGAUGGGGCGAGGAGGGCCUGAGGGGAGGGGGUAUGGUGGGCGGGGGAUGGGGAUGGAGCGGGAGAGAGAGAGGGAGGUGGACGCAUGGAGAAGAGGCACGAGAAUUGAUGAGGAGCCGCAAGUAGGAGGUGUUAGGGAGGGAGGGAGAGACGGAUGGAGGGACGUGGGGAGAGGAGAAGGAGGGAGAGGGGAGGUGGGGAGAGGGGGAGGGCCGGGAGUGGGGCCAGGGGCAAGAGAGGGAGCAGGAGGAGCAGGAGGUGGGGGGGCUGCAGGUGGGGCGGGAGCAGGAGCGGGAGCAGCAGGGGGGGCGGGAGGGGGAGCAGGAGGGGCAAAGGCGGGGGCAGGGAUGGAUGAGGAGAGUGCAGUGGCGAAGGCGAACAGUGCACUGGAGGAAUUCCUCAGCGCACGUGACUUCAAGGAGGUGUGUCUGUGCAUUGAAGAGCUGCAAUCCCCGCAGCAUCACGGAGCGAUAGUGGCGGGGUGGGUGGCGGCAGGGCUGGACAAGAAGGAGGCGCAGAGGCAGCAGGUGGAGGAUCUGGUGGUGCGCCUGUGCUGCGAGCCCAAGCCGGCACUGUUUACCAGUGAACAGAUUCAACAAGGUCUGGUGCGAGUCUUCCAGGAGCUCGAGGAUUGGUCAGUUGACGCCCCCAAGGCCCCACAGCACGUGGGCCGCCUGAUUGGCCGGCUCGUGGCAGCUGGCGCCGUUCCAUUGGCCGACGUGGCGCGGCUGGUGAAAGCGGGCGGUGCAGAGGAGGGGAGUCUGGUGGAGAUGGGUGAGGGGAUGAAGGUGAUGGCAGCGGUGGUGGGCGCAGUGAGGGGGGAGAAGGGGGAGAAGGAGGCGGGGGAGAUGGUGCGGGCGGCGGGGAUUGAAGGGCCAGAAGAGUUUAUGGAGGAGCGGGCGAGAGGGCAGAAGGAGAAAGUUGAGGAGGCGAGGAAGGCUCUUGGGCUGGCAGAUGCUGCAGACCCGCUGCAAGCAGUGGCGGAACACCUAAAAGACGCUUUUGCCAAGGGGGAAUCGGCAGAGGCUGUGCUCAAGUGGCUUCAGGCCAAUACUCCGCCUGACACCCCAACGCAGCCGCCUUUCCUCCGCCUGCUCAUGCGCUCGCUGCUGCAGCAGUGCAUCGGCGCUAGCAGACAAGACUUCAAGAAGCUACUGGCAGGGCCAGUGAAGAAGUAUGCCAAGGUCUUUCAGGAGUACGCAUCAAAGAAGCAAAAAGCCAGCCAGGUUCAAUAUCUUUUCGGAGCGCAAGAGUUUGCAGAGUCGUGUGGGCACCCACAGGGCCUGCUAGAUGCUGUCUUUAGAACACUCUACGAUCUCGACGUGGUGGAGGAGCUGAUGCUGUUCCGGUGGCAAGACGACAACAAGGACCCAACGCCUGGCAAGCAAAAGGCAUACUUGGAUGUACGACAUUUUCUCAAUUGGCUAAGUACGGCACAGGAGGAGGGCACAGAGGAAAAUGGAGGCAGUGGUGAUGAGAAUGCUUGA